CACGUUGCUGUGACAUUUUUUUCUCAAGUCGUUGUACUCGUACUUAGUCKGUGGUUCUUUGAAGGGAAGAAACGUUGGAAAAAGCGUUCGAAAACUACCUCGCAUCACAGCGAAACAACAAUCGACAGUGAUUUUCACACAAUACGUCGAGAUCACGACAAGCAAAGCGAGGACGACAAUGGGUAGCAAGAAAGAUCAGGAUACUACCACGAUUGGUACGAACGAGAGUUUGGUAGUUCUCCACGAAACUCUAUCCCGCGCAUUGGUAACUCCGAACAGCAGCAGCAACAACCUCCACGAAAAGGCUCUCCAAGAAAAACAAGAGGAAACACAGCGAAAGGCGCUAUCGCCACGACCUCUCAAGAAACGCAAGAUAAGCAUCCAAGGCACAAUGGCAACUCAAGUUUCGGCAACUCAAGUUUCGGAAGCGGUGGAUGCCGGUGAGGACGAWGCUCUCAUCCGACGGAAACAACUGGCAGCGAAACUACGUGCGAAAGGGGUCUGUAGUAAACUAGUUCUGAAGCCCUCGUCUUUUGCACGGACUAUCUUCGUCAAAAACACACGCCAAUACAGCAGCAGUCCUAUCAUCGAGCUCCCCCCCUUCUACGACCCCACGCCUGCUGAUGUGGAUAUCCACCAGAAUCAUUCUCACAAACUUUAUAACUACGUGAGGAAAGGGACAGACAUGGAAGGUUUCAAGGAAUUUGUGCGAGAACUCCGACGAAAAUACAACAGCAGCAAUACCUCUAUGCAAGGCAACCAACCGUUUCGGUGUUGUAACAAAUUUGGGGAGUCACUCAUCCACCUGACCUGCAGGCGGGGUCGGACUGAAAUGACUCGAUUCCUGGUGGAAGAGCUUGUGGAGAACAACGCAGUGGCGGCUCGCCAAACACUGACGGUAAGGGACGACUGCCUCAAGACCCCGCUACAYGAUGCAUGCUGGACUCCUACCCCGAACUUUGAGCUGGUUGAACUCAUUCUAAAGCACUGUCCAGAGCAGGUUCUUAUGGCGGACAUCCGGGGGAAUACUCCCUUUGAUUACAUUCGCAAGGAAGAUACCAACCUCUGGUUGAAGUUCUUGUGGCAGCGAAAGCAUCUUCUCCGAGGAAUUUCGACAUCGACGACGAUGACUCGAGAUGCCACUCCUUCAAAUGUAGCAAUCCCAUCGAACUAAAUGUAGAACUGGGGAGACAUUACGAGCUACUAACAAUAGCCCAAUAGAUAAAUAGAUUAUAC